AUGUCCGACUUGGAAAAGCGAACUUCUCGGAGCGGCUCUCAAAGCCAAGUUGAAGAUGUGAAUAACAACCUCCUGGCCCGGGCCGAUGCACCUAUCAACUAUGACAGUGAUGGCAUCAAGGGAAUUGUGCGCUCGCCUUACGUGCUUGGCGCCGCGUUGCUCGCGUCUUUUGGUGGUUUCUCGUUUGGAUAUGACCAGGGUGUCAUCUCCAUCAUUCUCGUUAUGCUCCAGUUCCACGAGUGGUUUCCCGACACCGCUCCUGGCGGUCCAAGAUAUGGCUUCUACACCGGGUUCAUGACCGGGAUGCUCGAGUUUGGAGCCUUCAUCGGCUGUCUUUUCCUCCCGUACCUCGCCGAUAAAAUAUCUCGCAAGUGGGCUUUAACCAUUGCGACCUUCUUCUUCUGCGUCGGUGCCAUCAUCCAAACCGCCGCUCACAACUAUGGAACGCUCGUCGCGGGCCGCACCAUCGGUGGCGUUGGAGUCGGAACUUUGGCAAUGGGUGGUGCGCCGCUCUAUAUCUCAGAGAUUGCGCCCCCAAACCUUCGCGGUUCCCUCCUCGUGCUCGAGUCCAUCAGCAUCGUAAUCGGCGCCAUUAUUGCUUACUGGAUCACAUUUGCGACAAGACACAUGGAUGGAGAAUGGGCCUUUAGACUACCUUUCGCUCUGCAAAUGGCCCCAGCUCUUAUGGUCGGUCUCGGAAUCCAUUUCUUCCCCUUCUCUCCUCGCUGGCUCGCCAUGGUGGGCCGCGACGAAGACAGUCUGGGGUCUCUUACGAAGCUGCGCCGUGUUCCCCCAACAGACGAGCGAGUCCAGACUGAGUGGAAGGGGAUCCUGUCUGAAGUUCGCUUCCAGCAGGCCAUGCUCGCUCGGGAACACCCGAGCUCCAACGCUUUCACGGCAGAGUUGAACCAAUGGGCGGACCUCUUCAAGCCCAGGUAUUUGAAGCGCACAAUUAUUGCCCUCGGCAUUCCAUUUUUCCAGCAGUUCAGUGGUAUUAACGCGUUUGUGUACUACGCACCAACGUUCUUCGCCGCCCUGGGACAAAAGGGAGACAUGCCUCUCAUUCUCUCCGGCAUGGUCAACAUCUGUCAGCUUUUUGCCGGAAUUCCCACGUUCCUGUUCCUAGACCAAGUUGGCCGCAGAAAGCUCGCUAUCGGUGGUGGUUUUGCAAUGGCUUUCAACUCGUCGUGGGAUGAGCACCCUGCCAUGGGUUGGUUCGGUGUCGCCCUCAUUUAUAUCUACGUUCUUUACUACGCGACUUCCUACGGCCCUCUUGCCUGGACGCUGCCUGCUGAAGUCUUCCCCAACUCCAAACGCGCCAAGGGUGUUGGAGCUGCAACUGCCAUGAUCUGGCUGGCCAUUUUCAUCAUCGGUGUUUGCGUACCGGAAAUGGUCAUCAAACUGGGAUGGGACACCUAUCUGUUCUUCGGACUGUUCUGUGUCGCUGCGGGCGUCUUUUCCUUCUUCCUGGUGCCCGAAACUGCCCAUAAGUCUUUAGAGCAGAUUUCUGAGCUGUUUGGUGAUAACAGUCUAAGUGGCACCAGUAAGAUGAAGAACAUCCAGUGCAAGUAUCUUAGCCUGUUCAUGUAG